AUGUUAACUAUUAGUAAAGUUAUUUUUCUGAUCAUCAUAUCUGUUUGUCAUGGUAUACCAACAACUGAUCGAGAAUGCUCACCGGAUACAAUCGAUUUUGAUACUAAAGUAGCAAAAUCGUCAAUUGUUGUCUAUGGAAAAGCUAUGGCUAAAAUUUUGGAUGAAGAAAAUGAUUCUACAUUUCAUGUUUUCUUUCAAGUUUAUUGUAUUUUAAAAGGACCAGCAACAUUACGACAAAUUAAUAUCACAAGUGCUGGUCAUGUUGAAGGUAAAGAAUAUUGUCAAGAAUUUCCUGUUGGCCAUGGUUAUUCGAUAGCUUUUCUUGAACCACUAUCAGCAAACAUAACUGAUAAUAAAACAUUUAUACCAGCUGAUUUUGUGGAAAUACAUACUGACGGUGCUUCAAUGAAUCAAUUACUAGCUCGUACAUGUAAUCUUGUUCAAACAGUACCUAUUCGAUCAUCAGCAUCAGUCAGUGAAGUGUGUCCAGCUGUAAGUACUGAUCCAGUUUGCCAAAAAACUACAACUGUCAUAACUGCUGUGGCAACUAAUUACACUGCGAAUACAACAGAUAAUAUUUUAUCCAAAGAAACUUCAAUUCGAACGAAUGAAACACUAUCUACUCCCAAUGAAAAUGAAUUUUUACUUCAGCCAAUUCAUUUCGCGCAACACGAAAUUAUUAUUAUCCGUGGUAAAUCCGACUCCACUCAGAUUGAUGUUGAUAAAAAAAAUGCUGCCAAAUCAGUAACAUACAGCAUUCUGUUGACGAUAGUAGCUAUUUUCUACUGUUUUUCUUAA